AUGUCGAAUAUAAUUACAAACAGUACUGUUACUCUUGCUAUCGAUGAUCAAAUUGAACUUAUUGACAUGGUCAAUAAUUUAAACAAAACUAUUACUCAAUAUGGUAGCAGCGUCAUUUGUCUUUCGCAGUUUUUCACUUAUAAUUUUGCCUUAUUCACUCGUAUGUUGCACUAUGGAUAUGACAUUCGCACUCUCAAUUAUAAUCUUUGGUAUUGCAAAAUUCGCUUUUAUCUCUUUUAUAUUUUCGUGGCUGUUCCUCGUUAUUAUAUCAUCUUGGCAUCGAUUGAUCGUUAUUUUGCCAGUUCACGAAAUGCUCUACGACGUCGAUGGAGUUCACCGAAAACUGCUCUCCGACUGAUUAUCGCCAAUGUUCUCUUCUGGUCUCUAAUCUACAUUCAAGUUCUCGUAUUUUAUGAGACCAAUACAGGUAGUUGUAGCUAUAGAUCAAGUGGUUAUGGAAUUUUCUUUAGCAUUUACAUCGCCAUCGAUAGUGGUAUUCUUCCGUUACUCUUGAUGUUGAUCUUCGGUUUAUUAACAGUGCGAAAUAUUCAUAAAACAAAGAUGAGAAUUGGUGGAAAUCGAAGGGGUAGAAUAUCGAAGAAAGAUGUUCAAUUACAUCGAAUGUUGGCUAAUCAAAUCGUCCUAUAUCUAAUUCUUAAUCUGCCAAAUCCUUGUUUUCUUAUAUAUCGUUCAAUGACAUUACAAGUGGUUAGAUCUUCAUUUUGUCGUGCGACUGAGAUAUUUGUGAGCAACAUGACGUAUCUUUUAGUUUAUCUGGGAUUUUCCUUGACAUUGACGAAUUUUCUCGUCUCCUCGGAAAUCUUUCGUCGAGAAUUGAUUCAUUUAUUUCAAAGAAAGAUACUUCGUCGUCUCCCAGCAGCAAGAGCAACCGAUCACGACGCUGUAGAUCAUCAAAUCCACUGA